CGGUGCCCGCAGUCUUGCCAGACGACUCGGUGCCCGCAGUCUUGCCAGACGACUCGGUGCCCGCAGUCUUGCCAGACGACUUGGUGCCCGCAGUUCCGCCAGUUGACUCGAUGCCCGCAGUCUUGCCCAGACGACUUGGUGCCCACUGUCGUGCCUGGUGACUCGGUGCCCGCCAGCUCCGCCUGGGGGUCCGACGCCCGCUGCUCCACCAGCUGGGGGCCUGAGAGACUGUCGCUCCGCCUGGGAGCCUGAGACCUGUGCCCGCUCCGCCUGGGGGUCCGGCGCCCGCCGCUCCGCCUGGGGGUGCCCGAUGCCUGUCGCCCCGCCUGGGGGCCCGAUGCCUGUUGCCCCGACUUGGGGGCCCGAUGCCUGUCGCUCCGCUUGGGGGCCCGAUGCCUGUCGCCCCACCUGGGGGCCCAGUGCCUGUGUUGCCCCACCUGGGGGCCCGGUGUCUGCUGCUUCACCUGUGUGCCGCUGCCCGGAGUGCCUGCCCGGAGUCCAGCCUGAUGUGCCUCUGCCCGGAGUCCAGCCCGAUGUGCCUCUGCCCGGAGUCCAGCCUGAUGUGCCUCUGCCCGGAGUCCAGCCCGAUGUGCCUCUGCCCGGAGUC